GUAUACCCAAAACAGAGGAGUCCUCUUGGAAGGUGGACCUCUCGACUUUGAUAACGGUACAGUCAUUGUGAAAACGUCUGGAUGCCAUGCUGCAGCCAGAUUUGGUCCGACUCCUUACAGAGGGACAGGUGUUAGUAAAGAGCUGCGAUGAAGACUGUGCGACGAGAAACACACAGGAGCUGAGGCAGGGUGAGGAGGAGGAGGGACACCCGUUCAUCUUCACCCCGCAGCUAAUCCACCUGCACAGGGACCACGAGCUGUUCGAGGAUGGGGACAUUCACAGACACAUGUAUCUACAAGACCUCUACAUCUCAGAGGCCCACGACAAGCCAACAGCCAGUGUCUCAGAGUUUGCCUGUCACAUUGCUGGCUGCAGGACAGUCUUCAGCACUUUGGAGGAGUAUGAGCAUCACUACAACUCCCUGCACAGACACGUGUGCUGCUCCUGCCGUCGCUCCCUGCCAAGUGCCCGGCUCCUAGACAUUCACAUUCAGGAGUGGCACGACUCUCUCUUUACUAUUCUUGCCCAGAAGCAAGAUAUGUACCAGUGUUUGGUGGAGGGCUGUGGACAGAAGUUCAGGACUAGUAAACACAGAAAGGACCAUCUAAUACGAAUUCACAAGUAUCCUCCAGACUUCAGAUUUGACAAACCCAAGAAGGACAAAGGAACUAGAGAGACAAAGAGACCGCAGCAGAAAGACACAGCCAUGGAGGUAGUGGACGAUGUGUGUGAGUCCGAGGGUGUGUGUGAGGUUAUGUGUGAUUUGCUCUCCGAGCAACCCGAGCACAGGGAAUCCAUGGAGACGCAUGUGUUUGAGGAAGAAGCUACUCGCACGGCAGAGUCUACCUCUACUGAGGGGUACGCAGAUCUUUCUGCUGCAGCUGGCACUGGAAAUACAAGCACCGUGCAACUGCAACCACGAUAUUCCUACAGGGUCCCUGCAACUGUGUGCUUCGGUCACGGCUCCAUCCGAGGCUUCAGAGGGCGGCGGGGAAGGAGGAAGUGAAACACCAGAAUUUAGCCUCAUGUCCUUUUAAGAUGUAUAACUGUAUACCCUUGUCUUGUAACAUAAUAUAUUUACUGUCAUGUGUCCUUAACUUGAAAUAAAAUGUUUUUAUUGACAUUCAG